AUGGGGUUCCCGUCCAUCCCAACAGCCCAGGACCCUGCCUGGGGUGGUGAUGACAGCAGGAGACUAAAGGCCACCCACCUACAGGGUGCCGAGCCAGCUGGUCCCACAGCUGUUCCCACCCUCAACUGGCCCACCCCCUCCUGCCCCAGGCCCAGUUACGCCCCCAGCGAGGAGGAGAGACGCAUCCUGGUCCUCACCGAGCUUCUGGAGAGAAAGGCCCACUCUCCGUUUUACCAGGAAGGUGUGAGCAAUGCGCUGCUGAAGAUGGCCGAGCUGGGGCUGACCCAGGCAGCCGAUGUCCUCCUGCGGCAUGGGGCCAACCUCAACUUUGAAGACCCGGUCACCUACUACACGGCCCUGCACAUCGCCGUCUUGAGGAACCAGCCUGACAUGGUGGAGCUGCUGGUGCGCCAUGGGGCUGACGUUAACCGGAGGGACCGGAUCCAUGAGAGCAGCCCCCUGGACCUGGCCAGCGAGGAGCCGGAGCGCCUGCCCUGCCUGCAGCGCCUCUUGGACCUUGGAGCAGACGUCAACGCAGCUGACAAGCAUGGAAAGACCGCUCUGCUCCACGCUCUGGCCAGCAGCGACGGCGUGCAGAUCCACAACACCGAGAACAUCCGGCUCCUGCUGGAAGGAGGGGCGGACGUCAAGGCAACCACCAAGGAUGGGGACACGGUGUUCACCUGCAUCAUCUUCCUGCUGGGUGAGACCGUGGGGGGAGAUGAAGAGGAAGCCCAGGUGAUCAGCCGCUUCUGCUUCCAAGUCACGCAGCUGCUGCUGGCCCACGGGGCCGACCCCAGCGAGUGCCCAGCCCACGAGUCCCUCACACACAUCUGCCUCAGGAGCUUCCAGGUGCACUUCCCGCUCCUGCGCUUCCUGCUGGAGUCCGGGGCCGCCUACAACUGCUCCCUGCACGGCGCGUCCUGCUGGUCGGGCUUCCACAUCGUCUUCGACAGGCUCUGCUCGCACCCAGGCUGCGCCGAAGAUGAGAGCCAUGUGGACCUCCUGCGCAAAGCUGAGACCGUCCUGGAUCUCAUGGUGACUAACUCCCACAAACUGCAGCUGCCUGAAAACUUCGACAUCCAUCCUGUGGGCAGCCUGGCAGAGAAGAUCCAGGCCCUGCACUUCUCCCUGAGGCAGCUGGAGAGCUGCCCCCCACCCCUCAAGCACCUGUGUCGUGUGUACAUCCGGCUCUACCUUCAGCCAUGGCCUGUGGAUGCGAAGGUCAGAGCCCUACCUCUACCCGACAGGCUGAAGUGGUACCUCCUCAGUGAGCACAGCAGCCCCGUGGACGAUGACAUCUGACCACUCCCAGCUGAAGGGAAGGGUCUGGGCCCUCAGUCAGCCCGUCGGUGGAUCUAAGUACCUGCAGCAGCCUUGGGGGAACCUUUGGUCCUGCCUGUUGGAAGGCGCAGGCUGGAAAUGGGACUUACCCUGGUACAGAGGGAGCCUGGCAGCUGCCAUCAUCCCAGUGCAAAAGGCUUGUUUUUUUCAGGGAGACUGCCCCCCGUCCCUUUGGCAACAACCCCAAGUUCUCAACCCACAUGGGAAAAAAUGACAAGGUUUAGAUUUGGGACGAGUCUGAAGGGAGUGGUGGGCAUUCCCAGAAGCAGGGUACUCCAAGCCUCGGUCCUCUGGGAAGCUGCAUGGAGAGAGCUGAAGCCAGGAGGCUGGGUGGGCCUCUGCUGGUGCAACCCAGUCGAGGCCCUUUAUUCCACAGCAGUGCUGGUGGUGGGCUGGGGAGAAAGCUGAGCUGAGCUGCCUCCUGCUGCCCUCUGCAGCUCAAGCCAGGCCACCUGCGGCCCCGCCCACCAAGGCACUGGCUGUGCUCUGGUGGCCCCUUUGUGCCAAACCCAGGGUCUUGGGACCAUGCCUUCUGCUAAAAAGCAAUCAUGCACGACCAGGGACAGCCCUGUCCAUUGUCUGUCUGAGGGAGAAAGCUGCCAGGAUUGAGCUGCCUGUCCCGCCUAGUGCUGAGCCCUUGCAAAGCUGUUUUUGUCACGUUGGUCGCUGUGAAUUGUGUAAAUGCCUCGGAGUUAAGCUAAAGCGCUAAAGGACAUAUUUAUAUUACCAAAUUAAACCAAUUUCUCUUGGCCUUAAAGGUCCUUGCUAACAUUCCCACCCCCAGUUCAGGAUGAAGGACCCUACAGCAUCCCAGAAGUGGUCAGCACUGUCCCAGGAGAAAAGCACCACUCCAGACGGGGCCUUCACAGCACAGGGGCUCGCCCUUUUUAUUUUUAACU